ACGAACGCAUUUCGCACCCGUAACACUUCCUCUCAUACGAGAGAAGAAACAACACGAUAAAAUAUUUCCUUUACACGAAGAAGAAAAAUGCUAAUAGUGACAAUAAACGCGAUAUGGAAAAGUGUGUUGUUUAUUUCGUCCAACGUCUUCAAUUCAUAUUGAAUUUAUAACAAUGAAGAUAUUAUCAUUAAAAACUAGUGGGAAAGUAUAAUAUAUAUGGAUUUCCAGACGAAUAGAGACAGCCAAAAAUAUAUUAGACAUUUUACUGAAUUAAAAAAGAAAAACUGUGAUUGAAGUAACGUCUGCUGUUUCAAAUAGAACAAAAUUCUAUUUGAAUUGGAUAGAAAAUCAUCGCAAUAAAGAUAUUGACUAGAGCUGGUGACGUCCUUCACAAGAUCACAGCUUUGUGAAAAUAUAAAAAUGGUAGCUGGGCCAACAGAACAUGGAAUACAAGCUGAUGUGAUAUUUGUCAUUGAAGGCACUGCUGUCAAUGGAGCAUAUUUCAAUGAUCUGAAAACAAAUUAUCUAAUUCCAACAUUGGAAUACUUCAGCCAAGGAGGUAUAGAGGACAGGGAAUAUGUAUCCGAGAACAGUACAACUUUAUAUGGAGUUGUGAUCUAUCAUGCAGCUGAUUGUUUACCGUCACCUUGUACCUCUACCCUUGGACCUUAUUCAAACCCACACAAGUUGCUGCUCACUUUGGACAGAAUUGAAAUGGUCGGAGGCAAGGGCGAAUCAAAUGCAAAUAUAGGUGAGGGUCUUGCUACCGGGCUCCAAUGUUUUGAAGAUCUACAACAGCGCCGGGAGCCAAAUACAGCAUCUCAAAAACACUGUAUUCUCGUCUGUAAUUCACCACCGUAUCAAACUGUUGUACAAGAAUCUUACAAAUUUGCUGGUCAUACAGUUGAACAAUUGGCUGCAAUAUUCCAAGAGAGGAACAUCAGUUUAUCGAUACUUUCUCCGCGUAAGAUACCAACAUUGUUCAAGCUUUUUGAAAAAGCUGGCGGUGAUUUGCAGUCUUUACAAACGAAGAAUUAUGCGAAAGACGUAAGGCAUUUAGUGCUUCUGAGAAAUUACAAUUUGAAAGAGCGUCCAGUUAGUCCGAACAUCGGCGGACCCGUGGUGCAUCAAACGAACACGAGUGCGGCUCAAAUACCAUUGAGUCCGUUACAGAGUCAUGAUAGUCCCAACACCAAUCAACCAACUCCGAAUAUAUCACAGCCUCAGCAGCCGCAAGGUCCAGCUUUCCGGAAUCAAGCGCCUCAGAAUAUAAACGCAGUGCAUCAGCCAGUGGCACCUUCGAUGAACGUACCGAUGAACGCGAAUCGGCCAGGAUUCCCGCAACAAAUAAAUGCACCACCAAAUUACCAUCCUGGUGGUAUUGGGCCUAGAGGAGGUCAUCCUCGAUGGAUAAGACCGUCGUUCAUAGCACCUGGUGCAGUACAACAGAACAACACCCAGGGUAGCGCCCUCAUAGCUCAAUUGACUCAGCCUCCUUCCUCGAUUGGACUUAACGUCGCUAAUUUUGGUCAACGUAUGGACGGUGGAGCUAACGUGAUGGGUGGAAAUCCCCAGCAGGCGCAACAGCAACAACAACUAACACAGCAACAGCAGUUACAGUUGUCCAUGAGAUUGCAGCAACAGCAAGCCCAGCAAGUAGCUCAACAGCAGCAACUACAACAGGCUCAACAACAGCAACAACAACAGCAACAGCAAGCACAACAAGCUGCUCAACAGCAACAAGCUCAGCAACAAGCCCAACAGCAACAACAAGCCCAACAGCAAGUCCAGCAGCAACAACAGCAACAGCAAGCUCAGCAACAACAGCAGCAGCAACAACAAAACGCUCAGCAGCAGGCUUCGAUGGUCAUGCAAUCUCAAACCUCACAGAGUCAAGCUGGCCCACAACUCACUGUUUCGAGUGUGAGUCAGUCCGUGCCUAGCCAAGUACAGCAAACGGUUUCGGCUGCACAGGCCACGGCAGGAGGACCAUCCAUGGGACCACAAGUACCUCAUAAUCAGCCACAGGGUAACGUUGGAGGUGCCAAUGUUGGUGGUCAGCCAAUGGUACCUGGUCGGGAACGUCCCACCAUCUGGACCGGAACUCUAGAAUGGUUGGAAAAAGCAAAAAAUCCAGCGGAUACUCAAAAACAAACGAGACAAGUACCUUGUCAAGUAUCUGUAAAUUCAAAAGAUGGAGAACCGGAGUUGAAAGCUGAUUCGUGGCCACAAAAGUUGAUAAUGCAACUUAUGCCAAAACAACUUAUCGGCAGCAUCGGUGGUGUUUAUUUAAAGAAUUCAAAGUCGGUACUCUUCCAUCCUACUCCGUGCGAAGCCCUUGAUUCACUGACAAAAGUAAUGAGCACUGGAUUUGCUGGAUGUGUCCACUUCACCUCGGUCCCCGCGGCCCCUACUUGCGACAUAAAAGUGCUUAUUCUUUUGUAUACCUCCGACAAAAGGGCGUACCUUGGUUUCAUCCCAAACGAUCAAACUGCGUUCGUCGAUCGAUUGCGCAAAGUGAUACAACAUCAAAAAAGCACGCAGGCUCUGAUUCGGCAAGGACAGGUAUUUUCUCAGGCAGGGGCUGGUGCAAAUGCCAAUAUAGCUGGUUCAAUGCCAACCACUGGAAUAUCGCAAGGUGGUAUUCACAUGUCUCAAACAAACACAAUGGCGAUGGGCGGAGGUCAGAUAACACAAAACGUCGUAGCCUCGAACGCAAACACUCAACAAGUUCUUGGUCCUUCCGGUGGACCCCAAGGACAAAUGGGCAUGCAACCAGGUGGCAUGGGAGGAUCACAACAAAUUGGCCCGGGUGGCCAAGCACCGAUGAUGCCGCAACAACAAAGACCACCUUUUGACGAUCUUGAUAUAGCGCGACAACAAAAUUUAAUUAAAAUACAUCAUUUGCGUCAAACACUCGAGGCUGCUCAACAACAAGAAGCCCAAUACCAAUCACAAAUCGAAGUUGGUAUACAACAAAAUCUCGAAGUGGCACAACAGCAAGAAAUGCAGUAUAAACAACAGCUAGAGGCGCAGAAAGCUCAGAGAGGUCUAAAUCCUGCAGCCGCAGCAGCUAUGGCAGCUCAGCAACAACCCAAUGCCCAAAGGAUGAUGAGACCGGUCAUGACAAAUAGUCUUGGACUUAGGCAUUUGUUACAACAGCAACAACCCCAAUACAGACAGCAGGUGCUUGGAAUGCAACAGCAAAUGGUACCCCCUCGGAGUCAAAUGACUGCAAGGCCAAUGGCUCCUGCAAAUCUUCAGAAUCAACAAUUCGAUGAUGUUCAGAAUUAUGAUUUUCUUGGAUAAUUAACUUGUGAAUUGUAAUUUUUUAAUUCAAAGAUUUUUUAUGGACUACCAGGCUAAUUUAUUGUCACUAUCCUAAGUAUGAAUAAAAUUCAAUUGCAUAUAUUCUGAAAAAGAAAUAUAUGUACAUUAUUUUUAGUAUGAA